AACAACACUUUGUGUCUUUUAAAACCUCAGUUUUAGAUUCAUUGAACAUUGCACAAACUCAAUACUCAGCUCAGAGCAGAAGAACAAAAUCCAGAAUGACCAGCGAGGCCGGACAAGUAGUGUGUGUUACCGGAGCUUCCGGUUACAUUGCUUCCUGGGUCGUCAAGUUUCUUCUACAACGCGGUUACACCGUGAGGGCCACCGUUCGCGACACAAGUGAUCCCAAAAAGGUAGAUCACUUGCUCAGCCUUGAUGGUGCGAAGGAGAGAUUGCAUCUCGUCAAGGCGAAUCUUCUAGAAGAAGGUUCCUUUGACUCUGCCGUUCAAGGUUGUCACGGUGUGUUCCACACUGCGUCUCCCUUUUUUGACAAUGCCAAAGAUCCGCAGACUGAGUUGUUGGAUCCAGCUUUGAAGGGGACUCUGAAUGUUCUGAAAUCGUGCGUGAAAUCAAAGACGCUGAAACGCGUGGUUGUAACUUCUUCUAUUGCUGCAGUUUCGUUCAACGACAGGCCUAAAAACCCUAAUGUAGUGGUUGACGAGACUUGGUAUUCUGACCCAGAAUACUGUAAGAGAAAUGGGAUAUGGUAUAACCUUUCAAAGACUUUGGCCGAAGAGGCUGCCUGGAAAUUUGUAAAAGAAAACAAUAUUGACAUGGUUACAAUGAACCCAGCAUUGGUUGUUGGACCUCUCCUGCAACCAGUACUUAACACUAGUUCUGCUGCAGUUUUAAAUUUAAUUAAUGGUUCACCAACAUUUAAAAAUGUAACUUUGGGAUUUGUGGACGUGAGAGAUGUUGCACUUGCACAUGUUCUAGCAUAUGAGAGUGCUUCAGCCAAUGGAAGAUAUUUACUAGUUGACAGGGUGGCACACUACUCAGACAUUGUGAAGAUUUUACGUGAUUUAUAUCCAUCAUUGCAACUUCCGGAGAAGUGAGUAUAAUUAUUUUGACAGUU